CUGCGCUCCUGCCCGCGCUGCCGGCGCGGUUAAACAGCCGCGGGGAGCUCCGCGCCGCGCAGCCCCGCAGCAUGGGGACAGCGGCUCGCCGCCCUCCGAGGGCUCCCUGCCACAGCCCCGCUCCCGGCCGUGCCAGGAGCAAUAGCCAGCUUCAAAGUUAGAACGGGAGAGGCAGUAAAUGAAUAAAUGGUAGGACAGAGCCUCAGGCAGCCCCUCCGCGCAGCGCCGGCUGCAGAGCUACCGCCCGCCCCGCGUGCCGGCAGAGGCAGUCUGCAAAAUGCCAUCCGGUUCUCACUCCUUGUCUUUGCAACUCUAGGUCGCCUCCAAAUUUAAAGCUUUGCACCAAUCCCCUUUGCCCGGGAAGGAGAGGAAAUCUAGAAAGAUGCCAGGCUGCGAAAAGGGACCCCAAUUACCAGCGCUGGUACCAGGCGCUGCCUGGCCGACGAGAGCCAAAGUUGCUCAAAGGAACGGGAAGCGAGUGCUCCAGAGGAGAGGGGAAGGGAAGGGAAUCUUUGCCUGGUGAUUGCACUCUCUCCUCCCGUUGUCCCCUUCUCCUCCUCCUCCCUCCCAGCCUUACCCCUGACCGUUUAGGAGGCCUUGAUGAGUUUCCACCGGGAUCCGAUCCAAGGUGGGGGGGGAGAAAGCGUGACUGUUCCCAGAGGAAACAGCUCACACAAGUUUGGGGGGUGAGAAUCCCCGGUGGAUGUUUAACGAGCACAUCGGGAGGCCCGCUAUGCCCGGGAGCAGCUGGAGACCCUCGCUGGGACACACCUUCACUGCACGUUUGUUAGACCAGAAACACAGAAACAGAAGAUGAAAGCACAGCCUUUGAAUUCCAUCAUCCCAUGGAAAAAAGUGCUACAAAUGGACGACAGAUAAAUAAAAGUUAUUUGUUUAGAAACCAGAGAGGCCAGAUUGGUCCACGGAUGAAAUUGUUCAUUUUCAUUAUCUCUUUAAAUUCAGGUAGAGGAUUUUGCUGGAGGAGAAUCAACAGAGCAACAGGCUCAAUUACAUCUGAGUUUCCUGUGUCAGAUCUGUCAAGCAACUCAUAUCAUCACGUCUAGGUCCAGUGGAAAGACUUGUUGGCUUGUUCUUCACUGGUUUGUGGGGCAGCACUUCAAAUUUGACAAUGGACCAGGACUGAAGAGCACUUUAGUUCCCACCAAUGUUUCUUAGAGCUGCUAAAACAGGACCAAUGAAGAUGUUCACCAGACUCCAAGUCCUUGCGCUAGCUUUGUUUUCCAAAGGAGUUUUCCUUUCCCUAAGUGACCACAGCUUUGUAAGGAAGGAAAUUAAGAUAGAAGGAGACCUGGUUUUAGGUGGCUUAUUCCCAGUCAAUGAAAAAGGCACUGGGAUAGAAGAAUGUGGGAGAAUCAAUGAAGAUCGAGGCAUCCAGCGCUUGGAGGCCAUGUUGUUUGCCAUUGAUGAAAUCAACAGAGACAACUACUUGCUGCCCGGAAUUAAACUUGGAGUUCAUAUCUUGGACACAUGUUCCAGGGAUACAUACGCCUUAGAACAGUCUUUGGAGUUUGUCAGGGCAUCUUUGACUAAAGUGGAUGAAACAGAAUAUAUGUGCCCUGAUGGCUCAUAUGCUAUUCAAGAGAAUUUACCAUUGCUCAUUGCAGGAGUCAUAGGCGGUUCCUAUAGCAGUGUCUCCAUACAGGUGGCAAAUUUGCUCAGACUCUUCCAGAUCCCCCAGAUCAGCUAUGCCUCCACCAGUGCCAAGCUGAGCGAUAAAUCCCGCUACGACUAUUUUGCGCGGACAGUGCCCCCUGACUUCUACCAAGCGAAAGCCAUGGCUGAAAUCUUACGGUACUUCAACUGGACUUACGUGUCAACAGUUGCUUCAGAAGGAGACUACGGGGAGACAGGGAUUGAAGCCUUUGAGCAGGAAGCUCGCCUCCGCAACAUCUGCAUAGCCACCUCUGAGAAAGUGGGACGGUCCAACAUCAGAAAGUCCUACGAUGGCGUGAUCAGAGAGCUGCUUCAGAAACCCAACGCCAGAGUGGUGGUGCUCUUCAUGCGAGGCGAUGACUCUCGGGAGCUCAUUGCAGCUGCCAAUCGCUUCAAUGUUUCUUUUACCUGGAUUGCCAGCGAUGGAUGGGGAGCACAAGAGAGUAUUGUCAAGGGCAAUGAGCACAUAGCUUCUGGAGCAAUAACCUUGGAACUUGCUUCCCAUCCAGUUAAAGAGUUUGACAAGUAUUUCCAAAGCCUCAACCCUUACAGUAAUAGACGCAACCCUUGGUUCAAGGACUUCUGGGAGCAAAAAUUCCAGUGUAAUCUCCAGAACCGAAAACCACAUAAAAAGGCUUGUGACAAGCACUUUACCAUCAACAGUUCCAACUAUGAGCAAGAAUCCAAGAUCAUGUUUGUUGUGAAUGCUGUUUAUGCGAUGGCCCAUGCCUUGCAUAAAAUGCAGAGGACUCUGUGUCCAAACACCACCAAACUCUGUGAUGCCAUGAAGCAUCUGGACGGCAGGAAGCUGUACAAAGAUUAUCUCCUGAAAGUAAACUUUACAGCUCCAUUCAACCCUCCUAAUGCUGCAGAGAGUAUGGUCAAAUUUGAUGCUUAUGGAGAUGGGAUAGGACGGUACAACGUGUUCAAUUUCCAGUACACUGGAGGCAGAUACUCCUAUGUGAAAGUUGGUCAGUGGGCAGAAACCUUGUCACUUGAGGUAGACUCUAUCCACUGGUCCAGAAGCUCUGUCCCUGUCUCUCAGUGCAGUGACCCCUGUGCUCCUAACGAGAUGAAGAAUAUGCAACCAGGAGAUGUCUGCUGUUGGAUUUGUAUUCCCUGUGAAACCUAUGAGUAUCUUGCUGAUGAAUUCACUUGUGCAGACUGUGGACCUGGAAAAUGGCCCACAGCUGACCUGACUGGCUGUUACGAUCUACCAGAAGACUACAUCAAGUGGGAAGAUGCUUGGGCAAUAGGUCCUGUUACCAUUGCAUGCCUGGGCUUUAUUUGUACUUUUAUGGUCAUUGCAGUGUUCAUCAAGAACAACAACACGCCCCUGGUCAAGGCCUCUGGACGUGAACUGUGCUACAUAUUGCUCUUUGGGGUCUUCCUGUCUUACAGCAUGACUUUCUUCUUCAUAGCCAAGCCUUCUCCAGCUAUCUGCACCCUGCGUCGUUUGGGUCUAGGAAGUUCCUUCGCUGUCUGCUACUCUGCUCUUCUGACAAAAACGAACUGCAUAGCCAGAAUAUUUGAUGGUGUAAAGAACGGUGCUCAAAGGCCUAAGUUCAUCAGCCCCAGCUCUCAGGUCUUCAUCUGCCUGAGUCUCAUUUUGGUACAGAUUGUAAUGGUGUCUGUGUGGCUUAUCUUGGAGGCCCCUGGCACCAGGCGGUACACUCUUCCUGAGAAGAGAGAGACUGUUAUACUGAAAUGCAAUGUCAAAGAUUCCAGUAUGUUAAUCUCCUUAACAUAUGACGUAAUCCUCGUAGUUUUAUGCACUGUAUAUGCCUUCAAAACAAGGAAAUGUCCAGAGAACUUCAACGAAGCCAAGUUUAUCGGUUUCACAAUGUACACAACUUGCAUCAUUUGGCUGGCCUUUCUCCCCAUAUUUUAUGUGACAUCCAGUGACUACAGAGUGCAAACCACCACCAUGUGCAUCUCUGUGAGUCUGAGCGGUUUUGUUGUGCUGGGCUGCUUGUUCGCUCCCAAGGUACACAUAAUCCUCUUCCAGCCCCAGAAGAAUGUGGUCACUCACAGACUCCAUCUCAACAGGUUCAGUGUCAGUGGGACCGGGACCACUUACUCCCAGUCAUCUGCUAGUAUGUAUGUACCGACUGUCUGCAAUGGAAGGGAAGUUCUGGACUCCACCACUUCAUCUCUGUGAUUGUGACUUGCAGUUCAGUUCUUGAGUUUUUAGACUGUUAGGCAAAAUUUUGCACAUGUUGUGCACUCCGGAAAACACCAGAAAACAAAAGAAAUCAACACAAAAUUAGUACCUUUUUUUAGAAACAGUGUAAUAAAUUAUUUUUGAGGAUUGUACAGUAUAUAGUGAUGUUCUGGAACUUUUUAGACUGAUUUUAGCCCUUCUGUUGUUAAUGGUCAUAAGGGACAUGUAAAUAACCAUGGUUCACAAUGUGCAUAGUCCUGCAGUAAGGGAGUGAUUUGUUGCAAGCACAGUUGCAAUGUUUGGUGACUUCUUUCCUAUGAAAUUUUUUUGUAGCCUUGUUGUAAUUAACUUAGACUGCAUUUCUAUGUUGUAUAUUACAGUUACCUUAUGUGUAACAGCUUGGUUUUCUCAGCACAAUACAGCAGUAUUAAUGUAAAGGCACCAAUAAUAAAAAGAUAAAAGAUUUUCAGCA